GGAAGUUCAUACCCAACAGCUCGUGGUUCUUUAGGUGUUGGCACUCAAAAAAUAGUCAAGGGAAUGAGAGUUCAUUUGCAAGUGGUCAACCGGUUAGAUUAAAAAUGGCCCGGUUGUCCAUUUGAGGGGGAGUGUUAAGAGUAUCCCACAUCGGAAAAGUGUGAAAAAAAUAAUCGGUAUAUAAGUUCUUGAGUUAAACUAACUAAUCGAUUGGAUUCAAUCUUUUAAUAUGGUUCAACCCAAGUGUCUUAUUACCCAAUCCAGUUGUCCAUACCCCAUCCUAAAUUCUAUCAUCCCCAACCAAACACACGCAACUUCCACACUUCACCUUCAAAAUGACCCAUCCUAGCAAUGGUUUAUGAAGGUUUGUUCUGUGAUUUUUUCCCCAUUCUGCAGGCUCCUCCAUGCAAUUUUAUUUACUUUUAAUGCUCUCGCGGUAAAAAUUCUCUCUACCAUCUCUGGUGGCUCCAAAUCAGCUUUCGCGAAGAAGGAAAAUGCCAGUGCCCUCUUACUUGUUGCAAGCCAGAAAACCUUGCCAGUCAUGGUAGCAGUUGUGGAACAGCUUGGUGGAGCAUUGGGUGCACCUGGCCUGCUGGUUCUUCCCUGUGUAGCAGCCCAUUUGAACCAGAUAAUCAUGGAUUCUUUUGUUGUCAACUUUUGGCAAAAGGAUAGGACAACCUCCAUUGCAAAGGAUGCUUGAAUAAUUGAAUUCACUGUAAUUGUAUUCAUGUAUGUGCUACAACAAGGCCGCGUUUGGUUAUGAGCAUAUUGCUAAGCAAUGUGCUCUUUUUUAAUAUAGCAUUUUGAACAGAGCAAUGCUGGGUUCACAAACAAAAUCGUCACAAAAUU